AAAUCCUUUUUCUUUCACUUAUGACUAAUACCUCCUACGUUCCUUUUGCUAUUAUCUCAGGAUUCUUUGCCGCACUUUCUUCUGUCUUUGCAAAGCUGUUUUCAGAUGAAAGAACAGCUUUACUCUAUUCAUAUCUGACAGACUAUUUUAACCUUGUGCCUGAAAAAGCCUCUUUAUUAUUAGUUAGAGGGAUAUGCUUCGCAUUAAUUUUUGGAUGUAACUCCAUCAUGUGGACUACAUUUACAAAGGCUCUUAACAAUGCACCUUCUUCUGUUCAAGUGUCGAUAGUCAAUGGUGCUGUUAAUUUCAGCGCUUCGGCUAUCAUGGGAUAUUUGGUAUUUGAUGAGCCGUUAGCCUUAAGAUGGUGGAUAGGAGCAACUUUUAUUUUGGCGGGUACUAUUUUACUUUCUCAAUCACAAAAGAGAUUGGCAGAAGACCAUAAAAAGACAGAAUAAUUAUCUGUCAAAAGAGAGUCUCCUUUUUUUUCUGUCUUGUUGAUCUUUAUGUACGAUAAAUCCAACUUUUUUUUUUAAAAAAAGCUCCC